AUGAAAAGACAUUCGCCAACGGGGAUGGACGGCACUGGCCUCCGGUGUCUCAGCAACAACGCCAUUGCGAUGCGCAGGCGGCGUCUGCAAGCCAUGGCCAGUCUUUGUGCUCGUCGCGAGCCUUCUCGACGCAAACGCUUGUUCACUGAUAUCUUGCUUGCUGCAUUUCCCUUCUAUCGUGAAGGCCGCCUGAAGCAAGUAUCCAUCGGGGGGGAGGUGCACGAAGGAGGUACCACCUCUCCAGCGCUCUUCACCGCGGCUUUGGAGCCAUUCUUCAGCCAGCUGAACUGGUGCAACGGCGUAAAUACUGAUGAACAGCAACUGAAGUAUUUGCUAUUUGCGGACGACUGCAUCGACUUCGCACAAGACAUGAUGGAGCUCCAGCAGAAGAUCCACGAGUUGGAAAAGAAUCCCUCACCAUCCGAUUGA